CUAUCUCUCGCCAGCAGGCAAACGCAGGAAGCCGCUCUCCCCUUAUCCUUUCAUGUUAUCACCACACUACCAGCAAAUAACACCACACCUCACUCUUCGUCUCUCUCUCUCUCACUCUCUCUGCCUUUUAAAGUCCAAAACUUCGAAAUAAAGCAGAUAAGAAGACAGCUCUUUCAUGGAGUAUUUCUUUCUAGAAAAAACACUGCGUUGAAUGAUACAAGAAACAGACAGUUAUAGUAGUUAUAGCUGGUAGCAGUAGAGUAGUAGCAGCAGAGAAUGUCUUGUUUACUGCCACAGUUCAAGUGCCAGCCAGACACUUUCUCUAUACAUUUUAGAAAUCUCCAACAUCACGGCACCAACCAUACCCAACUCCCACAAUGCGUUUUGUCCUCUGCAUCACCAUCAACCGCGGUGCUUGAUCUGGAGAAGCUGAGAUUGCCUUCUUUAGAACCUCAUUCAGAUUCAAUUUCUGCAAACAGACCGUGGACUUAUAUAGGGGGAAUCGGUCCACAGAAGAAGCCACCCUUCGAAACUAGUUUAGCCGCUGAAACACUUAUCGCAGAUGAUGAGGCUGUAAUUGCUGCUGCUGCUGCUGAAGCAGUUGCUCUUGCAAGAGCUGCUGUCAAGGUUGCGAAAGAUGCAGCUGAAAUGGCUAAGAAUUACUCUUCUCUGAAGAAAGAAACAAAAAUUCCAAUAGCAUCUACAACAGAUUCCUUCUCAUCAAUGUGGUCUCUGCUUACUGAAAAAGAACGAGCUGAUAUAAUAGGAGAUUCCGUGUCAGCUGAAACUAGAUUAAGAGAAGACUAUUCCGUGCAAUACCCAACCGAAGAAUAUGAUUGUUUAGAACCAACACAGGAAGAACUUGCACUUUUGCAAAAACAGCUUUCGGAGGGUAUAGCUGUGCGAUCAAAGCGCCAAACAGAAAGAAAAGCCAGACGAGCAAGAGCAGCUGAAAAGGCUUCUGCAAAUGUUGUAUCCGUGAAGUCCGGUUCUUCUAGCAAGAAAAAACGUGUGCCCUUGCAAGAAGUAGACCAGUCUGAUCCAUUGCGCUUUUUUAGAGGAGCCAGCAGCUCUUCCAGGCUUCUCAGCGCUACUGAAGAAGUGGAGUUGUCAGAAGGAAUACAGGACCUGCUAAAACUUGAAAGGAUUGAGGAGGAGCUGAAGGAGCGAUUUGGAGGUGAGCCCAGCUUUGCACAGUGGGCUGCUGCGGCUGGAGUUGAUCAGUUAACUUUGAGGAAGCGCAUAAACUAUGGCAUCCUUUGCAAAGACAAAAUGAUAAAAUCCAAUGUCCGGCUUGUUAUUUCAAUUGCCAAAAAUUAUCAGGGAACUGGGAUGAAUCUCCAAGAUCUUGUUCAGGAAGGAUGCCGAGGCCUAGUACGAGGUGCAGAGAAGUUUGAUGCAUCAAAAGGUUUCAAAUUCUCAACGUAUGCUCACUGGUGGAUUAAACAGGCAGUACGCAAGUCACUCUCAGAUCGGUCUAGAACAAUUCGCUUACCAUUUCACAUGGUGGAUGCAACUUAUAGAGUGAAGGAGGCUAGAAAACAAUUGUAUACUGAAAAUGGAAGACAUCCUGAUGAUAAAGAAGUUGCAGAGGCAGCUGGGCUCUCGAUGAAGAGGCUCAGUGCUGUACUACUAACUCCAAAAGCCCCAAGAUCUCUUGACCAGAAGAUGGGGUUUAACAUGGAUCUUAAACUUUCGGAAGUGACUGCAGAUCCUGAAGCAGAAACAGCAGAAGAUCUGCUGAUGAAGGAAUUUAUGAAAAAGGACCUGGAGAAAGUUCUGGGAAGUCUCAGUCCAAGGGAGAAUCAGGUCGUCAGAUGGAGAUUUGGAAUGGAGGAUGGAAGGAUGAAAACGUUGCAGGAGAUUGGGGAGUUGAUGGGUGUCAGUAGAGAAAGAGUUCGGCAAAUCGAGCUGAGCGCAUUUCGAAAGCUAAAGAACAAGAACAGAACCAAACAGUUGAGGCAGUACAUGGUUUCAUAAACCACAUCGUCCAUAAACUGCAUUGCCACAGAACCUCCUAACCCGCCAAAGGAUCAAAAGGGCUUGUCUUUCGUGUAUACUCAUGUCUUCAUUCUCUUCCGUAAUGAAAAUCUUGUGUUUCAGAAUAUUAGAGAAUAGUUGUGCAUAGAAACUGAAAUUUUGAACCAAGCUUCUUCCCUCUUAUUUUUUAUUUACAAUGUACCUUACAUGUGAUAUUAAAUCCAUCUUUCUAGC